UCAUAUGUCCGACUUCCGGCCUGGCUCGCGGUUGAGCGUGCUAACAUGGCGAGCUAAAAUGGUUGUGUUCCAUUCAGUCACGAGGGCUCUAAGUUUCUGUUAUAUGGCUUGAGCAAUAUAUCGCGUUUGAACCUUGAUACCUGAAGUCUUCCGUGUAGGGUAUUACUGCUUCUACUUGUUUUCUUCUUUAUAAGGUAAAAGGAGCAAAGCAUCACAAUGGGGCGACGUUCGACUUCCUCCACCAAAAGUGGGAAAUUCAUGAACCCCACGGAUCAGGCCAGAAAAGAAGCCAGGAAAAGGGAGUUAAAAAAGAAUAAAAAGCAGAGAAUGAUGGUGAGAGCAGCAGUGCUUAAGAUGAAGGACCCCAGACAGAUCAUCAGAGACAUGGAGAAAUUGGAUGAGAUGGAGUUCAACCCAGUCCAGCAGCCCUUGCUGAAUGAGAAGGUGCUGAGGGACAAGCGGAAGAAGCUACGGGAGACAUUUGAACGCAUUGUUCGUCUGUAUGAGCGGGAGAAUCCUGAAACCUACAAGGAUCUGCGGAAAUUGGAACUAGAAUAUGAGAGUAAACGGGGACAGCUGGCACUCUAUUUUGAUUCAGUCAAGAAUGCAGAAUCUGUGGAGGUUGACAGCAUUCCUUUACCAGAUAUGCCACACGCACCAUCCAAUAUCCACAUUCAAGACAUCCCUCUACCAGGGGCUCAGCCUCCUUCAAUCCUGAAGAAGGGCUCCUUUUUUGGUAAAGCAACUUUACCGCCUGGCUUAAUGUUGCCAACAUUGCCCCCCGUGCCACGUUUACCCCCUGGGAAGAAACCCCCCGGGCCUCCACCUGGGCCCCCACCACCACAAGUUCUGGCACUGUAUGGUAUUCCUUCACGGCGACCUUACGGCACUGAAUUUGAACCCUCAAUUCCUGGCUUAGAGAAGGAGUCAGCAGACUUGGGAAGAAAUCAGGACAGCGGCAGUGGGAGCGACAGGGAUGAUUUGGACGAUGAUGACAGUGACUCUGAGGAAGACAGUGACGAUGAGAGGGAUGAAGAUGGCGACUCGAGAAAGGGAGACAGACAUGAGAAGAGAGCUGAGGAUAAAGGUCGCAGUGUACGCUUUGCAGACAUGCCUUCCGAUGUAUCCCAUGAUGGAACGAAAAAGAAGAAAAAGUCUGGGAAGAAGACCAAGGCCAUCACGCCUUUGCAGGCGAUGAUGUUAAGGAUGGCAGGUCAGUCUAUUCCCGAAGAGGACGAAGAAGAAGUUGAGGAAGAGUACAGCGAUGAUUCGGAUAGUUCUGACGACGCUGAAGACAAGGAGUCAGCAGGGGACCCGUCCCAACUGAUUGCCAGUCAGCAUCUCCCCCCUCCAAGUGGGCCGGUGGGACAGCCCCCACCGUUGCAGGGUCCACCGAUGACUGGGCCUCCACCGAUGGGUCCUCCACCGGCUCCACCGAUGAGGCCUCCCGGGCCACCCUCUGGUCCACCACCUGGCCCUCCACCAGGUGCUCCUCCAUUCUUAAGGCCGUUGGGUAUUCCUGGCAUGAGGGGUCCGAUACCUCGACUUCUACCCCCUGGACCGCCACCGGGUCGUCCACCUGGCCCUCCACCUGGUCCCCCCCCUGGUCUUCCUCCAGGCCCCCCACCACGCGGACCACCUCCACGGUUACCGCCCCCAGCACCACCUGGUAUUCCACCUCCUCCCCCGAGAGCGGGAGGGCCCCCCCGUCCCUUGGCGCCACCUCUUGCCCUCUUUCCACCACCUCUCAGCGCCAACGUGCUUAGUGCACCUCCCAGCCUCGUCCAGCGACAAAAGGGCCCAGGAUCCGGCCAGGAUGGUUCACAAGGCAGCAUGCCUCCUCCGUCUAUGUCCAUGCGCUCCAGUGUCAUGCAAAUGCCCCCUCCCCCGGGAACUGCCGCAGCCUCUGCUGUCAGCCACCUCCAUGCAGCCACCAUUGAGAAACGGGCCAACCUCACCUCUGUCGCAGGCGGCCUGGCAGCCGGGGCAGGCUCCGGAGCCACCAUCUCUGCCAAACCGCAAAUUAUCAAUCCAAAAGCUGAGGUCACACGGUUUGUGCCCACCGCACUUCGAGUGCGAAGGGACAAAAGUGGUGGAGCGCCGGGGCCAGCGAUUGGUCCGUUGGACAAGGGUGCUAUGGGUGGGAGGAGGGGAGAUGACGGUAUGGGAAGUGGCCAAGGUCACAGACAUCACGCUUCCGCUGCUUCCGUGGGCGUGUCACACUCAGCUCAGAUGGGGGCUGUGGCUCAGCCUAGUAUGAAGACCAAGGACCAGGUGUAUGAAGCCUUUAUGAGAGAGAUGGAGGGACUCCUCUGAUACGCACCAAGGUCCAACUGAAGCAAUAUUGUUCCUUGGUGCAGUAGGAGAGGUCAUGUUUUUCAAGGCUAUCCUGUAUAUGUUUCUCUUAGAACCCAAGACUGCUUCAUUCUCAGAAAUGAUCUUAACUGUUUUUUUCAUUUAAUUUGGAAAAUUACUAUGGUGAAACCAAAUUAAUACAUCAAACAAAAUGAACACUUGUAUGAAUACUUGGAAACAAUUAGAUGUAAUUGAUUAGUAGCUUUUCCUCCACCACCAAAAAAUAUACUUCAGUUUUUUGCCUGAAGCCAUUCGGAGUUUGUCUCCUUUUUGUUGUUUUGCUAUUGUUCUGUAUUUUACUAUCUGGAAUAACACGUUUGUUUGUUUUGUUUUGGUCUUAUAGAGCUCCAACAUCUUGGGCAUGGCUUUUUUUAAAUGACACUGGCAAACAAAGAUGGCCCAAACUGUUUGAUCUGUGUCAAAAUAAACACUUCACUUCAAGAA